AUGGAUAGCAGCCCGGAAGAGCGGCCGACUCAUUCAACGAUCAAUUCAAUACACAUCGAUGAUCACAUCCAUUGCAUAUAUUGUUUCCGGACUCGUUGUACAUAUAGCCAGUGUGAACUACGUCCAUGUCCAGAAUGUCGAGCCGUGUUGCAUACCUGCAAGCUUGAAGACCAUCUAACGAUUUGCCCAAAGGUUUUCACUUUUUCUGAUGCUUUUGUACCAUGUUUAUGCCAAGCAUACGGUUGUCCAUUGUGGUUACGGCGUUACAAAAUAAAACAACAUUUGGAACACUGUUGCGCAUCCGCAGUUUUCUGCGCUGUCCAGUGGAAUAGACGAAUCCUGAGUAACUAUGCAAAACCGAAAAUAGAGGUGAUGCGCACUGUUAUUCCAAAUAUUGUAAAUUAUAAAAUGAAUCACACAUACAUGUGUUUUCAAAUUAUUUUUGAUUUCCAGGAAGAAAUCAUCGAUUCCUAUCGGAUAAGUCGUGAAGACCGAAAAUUGCUUACUGAUUUCCAGAAUCCUUGCCAUCCAAUGAUGCCUCUGCGAUUAUCCUUUGAAAGACAGCCUUUUUUUGAGGAUGAGGAUAGUAGCGAUGAGGAAAACAGACAAAAGGAAAUUCAGCUGAAACAAAAACGUUCUCCGUUUGAGCAUUGCUAUUUGUGCAAAGCCGAUCCAGCAAGUCAGCAUCUUCACGUGCUGGGCAAUGCUAGCUUUGAAAAAGACAUUGCUGCUGAUGAAGAAAAACAAGCUCCUGUUAAAGUGUCACCGUUGCCACCCUUCUAUGAGAGCAGAAAUUUAUAUGUGAACAUUGUUCGUGAUCGUCUUUCGGCAUUUUUUCGUAAAGGUGAAAAUAUGCCAUGCGUACGUAGUGGGAUUUCCGUGUACACAUACUGCUGUAACGAAAGCUUUCGUCGCGAUGAAUAUUGCGCGCAUUAUGAAUUAUCGCAUAUGAACAUCGAUGAUUGUAUCGGACGUUGUCCACUUUAUCUCGAUGGAUGUCCCUUCUUUUUCUGUAGAUCUGAGCCGCUAUGGGGACAGCUAAGGUAUAUUGUUUUGUUGUGUUUUCAAUUUGACUUACAGUGGGCAUGA